AUGGCUUAUGCAAAGGGACUGCUCCAACAAUACGUGCAGUCACUGUUUGAUGAGGGGAUUGUGAAUGCUCAGCUUUGUCAUAUUCAAAGUUUGAAAACAGAGGAGGAACCUGAUCAUGUUGUGCAGUUGAUCAAUACAUACUGCAUUGAUGUGGAAGCAAUCUUAUUUGAACUUACAAGCUACAUUGAUCAUCUUGAUGUUGAUUUUUCUAAGGUGGCUGCCCUAGCCCAGCAAGUGGAGGAGAGAAACUCACUCAUGGGAGCUGAGCAUAUGAGGCUUGCAUGUGCUGAUCUCAUUCAACCUUGUCGUCAGAUGGAUAAAAGAAAGUAA